GUCCUACUGUGUUGGAUUUCUCAUUUAUAUGAUGUUGUAUGUUGCUGGAAAAUGUUGCAUGUGCUCUUCCACCGCGUGGAUGGAUGGGAGUGGAGUAUGAGCACGUGUGUAUCAGUACAGGGAGGAAAGAGAGAGAAGGCAACACUGAAGCAGACUCGAGUAAACGGCUCGGGGAGUGUGUGAGAGAUCGAGGCUGAUCAGCGCUGCGCGUGCAUGUGUGCCAGUGCCCAUGAUGGAGCUGAAAGACAGUUGUGCCAGCGAGGGCAGCCAUGAAACAGAAAGUGCUGGCACAGGCAAUCUGUCAGGCCCUUUUUCCUGGCACUUGUUUGCCCAGCGCAGCACGCUACACGGCCUGCGUUAUGUUUUCCCACACCGUCGCUCAUCAGCACUGCGACGUGUCCUCUGGAGUGCAGCUGUACUUGCCUGUCUUGGUCUUCUGGCACUGGAGGGGGCAGAACGCGUAGCCCACUUCCUGUCAUAUCCACAUGUGGCUAGCGUGGGCGCUGUACCUGCAACAAGCCUCGUGUUUCCUGCUGUUACCGUGUGCAACCUGAAUGCCUAUCGCUUUACACGGCUCACACGUAAUGACCUGUACCAUGCAGGAGAAUUGUUGGCGCUGCUUGACGUGCAUCUGCAUGUGCCCGAGCCACAGCUGGCCGAGCCCCACGUGCUUGACUUUCUCGCCGAGCGGGCCAAUUUCAGUGGCUUCCGGCCUAAACCGUUUAGCAUGCGUGAGUUCACUGAGCGCGUUGGCCACGAUCUACAUGAGAUGAUGCUUUACUGCCGCUACGAGGGCCAGGAAUGUAGCCACCGGGACUUCAAAACCGUUUUUACCCGAUACGGAAAGUGUUAUAUGUUCAACGCAGCUGAGGAGGGAAAGACUUUGAGGACCACCAUGAAAGGAGGAACUGGAAAUGGCCUGGAGAUUAUGCUGGAUAUUCAGCAAGAUGAGUACCUGCCUGUGUGGGGCGAGACAGAAGAGACGGCGUUUGAGGCUGGAGUGAGGGUGCAGAUCCACAGUCAAGCCGAGCCGCCGUUCGUGCACGAGUUGGGCUUUGGGGUGGCUCCAGGGUUCCAAACUUUCGUAGCCACUCAGGAACAGCGGCUGACGUACUUGCCUCCUCCAUGGGGAGAGUGUGUGUCCCAGGCUCUGGGCUUCUUCGAGGUGUACAGCGUCACAGCGUGCCGUAUCGAGUGUGAGACACGCUACAUCGUGGAGAACUGUAACUGCAGGAUGGUCUACAUGCCCGGAGACUCUCCGUACUGCACUCCUGAACAGUAUAAAGACUGUGCUGAACCUGCACUCGCUGCUCUAUCGUCGGUGGAGGGCAGCAGCUGCAUGUGCAGGAACCCGUGCAACAUGACCCGCUACAACAAGGAGCUCUCUAUGGUGAAGAUCCCCAGCAAGACGUCAGCACGUUACCUUGAGAAGAAGUUCAACAGAUCAGAGAAGUACAUCACGGACAACAUCCUGGUGCUCGACAUCUUCUUUGAGGCUCUGAAUUAUGAAACCAUUGAGCAGAAGAAAGCAUACGAAGUGGCAGGACUUCUAGGAGACAUUGGAGGUCAGAUGGGAUUGUUCAUCGGUGCCAGCAUACUUACAAUCCUCGAGCUGUUUGACUAUGCCUACGAGGUGGUGAAGGACAGAAUCCUGGAUCUGUUGAGUCGAGGCGAGGAGGAAGAGAGCCGAGGGGAGGACGUGAGCACGUGUGAUCCUGUAGUGAAUCACUCGGAGACCAUCAGCCACACGGUCAGUGUUCCUUUACAGACCACUCUGGGGACGCUGGAUGAGAUCGCCUGCUGAGUGCGUUUCCCCUCCAGAGCAGCAGGAGGAGACACCGAAUCCUCCUCACUGGCCACGAUGCCAGGAACACGGUGUGAGGAAGACACACAAAAGAGAUGAAGGAAAAUGAUUCGUUUUUCCUUUUCGCUUAAAACUGCUUCAUUCUGUACAAAGCCAACAAGAAACAAAGAUGGCAGGACAAGUCCACUGACAAAUCUCUCUCACACACACACACACACACACACACACAUUCACCCAAAACCUUUCUCCAAAGCUGUAACUGAUGGACAAGAAGCGAGACACGUUUACUUCAGACUAGUUUGAGAACGUAGACUGGCUUAGGACACUGAAGUGUAAACACGUCGUCCCUCUGCUCCCUCGGCUGCCGUUUUAAAGUCUACUGCCAAAACAUGAAGGACGCUCAGCACAGAAGGACAAGAACCUUUGCAUGUGUCAGAUUCUCUCUCGUCUGUCUCUCUGAGCAAGUCGUUCCGCUUCAGUCAUGUGUCUCUGCGUCCCAUUACGUACCCGUCGGGAUCUGUCCCAAACCCACAGCAGCAAUCUUUCCUUUACUGCUUUCACACACUCCUACCUGAUGUGUGCCGCUGUUCCGGAAAUCUCUACGGAUCUGAGGGACGUUUGGGACGUCGUCUGGGUUUCCACCAGCCAUCGUAUCGCCAGGAAGAGGAGAGAAGGAACAGAAAGGAUGUAAACCGAGACAGUGUUUUGUUUAGCCUGAGAUUAAGCCAUAAUUUUGUUAUCUUGAAGCAAAAAGUUUGAUUUCUAAAGUGAUUUCGUUUGGUGUUUAUUCAGUGAGGCCAAUGGUCACGAAUCUUCUUAUAUCAGCUCUUUAUUUGCUUCUUUUUCAUUUCUGCACAUUUUCAACAACGGCGAAGAAAUCAGGCGCCGUGAGCAGUAGGAGAGUGAGAGGGCUGUGACAUGCGCUGUGACAUACAGUCUGUUUAAAUCAAACCCCAGUGCGGUUCCACUUACAGGAAGAGGACUCACCCCCCAUCCACCCCUCAUUCAUCUCUUAUUUAACCCCUAAUCCACCCCUUAUUCACCCCUCAUUCAACCCCUCAUCCACCCCUC